AUGAAACAUUGGGUUUGUGUUUUUGAAUCCCAGGGCUGCUCAUGGUUUGAUAAUGAUGCGAAGAAGGGCGACACAGGUCCGCUGAGUCACCCCCUUCGACUUCUUACACCUGGGGCUUGUGAGAAGUAUGGUAGGAGUGAUGUGGGUAGUAUUGCUUCUGAAAUGGAAGGCAAAUCAGAAGAGGAAGUUGAAAGAUAUGCUGCAGUGUUUAAAGAAAGAUACAAGGAGUUAAAUGAUUAUGAUCAAAUUAUUAAGAAUGUUGAAAGAGGGAGGCUAGAAUUUCUCGUAAAGAUGAAAUAA